GUCCUGUGUGACUCAUGUGGGCGCUUCCUUCCUUUCCGGAGGAAACAGGGAUGGAAGGGAUGAGCGCUGAUAACGGAGCGGAAGUACAGAAUACUCUGCUUUAAGGUUGUUGGCGGUAGCAUGGCAGCAGCAUUCUUAAAUGGAAAGGAUGCAAACUCUCUCCUCAAACGUUUUCCACGGGCUAAUGGAUUCCUGGAGGAGUUACGUGGGGGCAACCUUGAGAGAGAAUGUGUGGAGGAAAGCUGCAGCUUCGAGGAGGCCAACGAGGUGUUUGAGAACAAGGAAAAAACAAUGGAGUUCUGGAAGACGCGCAGUUUGUACACCGUGAACAACAACGCAGAAACGCGUUCGGGGCGCGCCGACACCGUGUACAUGGUGGUCCCGUUGCUGGGCGUCGCCCUCCUCAUCAUCAUCGCGCUUUUCCUGAUCUGGCGCUGCCAGCUGCAGAAGGCCACGCGCCGGCGCCCCGCGUACACGCAGAACCGCUACCUGGCCAAUCGCAACACCCGCAGCCUUCCCCGAAUCCUCGUGCACCGCGACACUCCUUCGCACUCGGACAACUCGCACGCGAACGAGCGGACCAGCGUGGUGCCCAGCGGCAGGGAAAGGGAACGAGGGGGUGCGACCACAGGGACCCUGGACUGCUCGUUGCAACCCCCGAACGUCCGCGGACUCUACGUGCAGGACGCGUCGAUGUCCGUGGCGUCACGUCUGUCCGGCGCUACGCCUCCUCCGUCUUACGAAGAAGUGACAGGCCACUUGGAGAGCAGCAGCGACGAGACCACCACCCCGUACAGCGAUCCGCCUCCCAAGUACGAAGAGAUUGUGAAAGAAAAGUGAGUGAAGAAACUCCGAGCUCUAUCGGACCCGAGGGUGUUUUCGGAUCCCGCUCUAAGUUCCCCAGCGUGGAAACGGUUGUCGUUUUUUUUUUCUCCUGGACUCGCUUUCGUUGGUGGGACGUCCAUGUCCGUUUUUUCGCACUCUUCCGACAAACCACGACCAGCUGCUCAGCACCUCACGCACAUUACCUGCGUCCUUCAUCGUAUUCAAUGCUUUUAACGAAUCGCGCUCUCGUCGGUGAGGAAAACAGUCAAGUUUUUUUUUUGUUUAUUUUGUACAAAAUGAUGAGGACUGCAAAAAAAGCCUAAAAGAGCAUUUGUACAAAAGGGACAACCUAAUUUAACUUUUUGCUUUUUUUUUUUGGACAGAAUGGAGAGUCUAGUGUUGAAUCAAAUGUAAUCAAAUGUUUGUGUGCCAUAUUCCACAUGUACUUUGCUAAUCUAGGAGUUAACCAGAAAGUGCUGCCAAACGCCAACGUCCUUCUAAACCUGCUCUGCAAACAUAAUGUAUCAUAACGCAGUAAAAUAAUAUGCAAAUUAUAAUAAGACAUAUGGCUGCGUUUAAAAGAUUGGCCACUGUUUGUAAAAUGCUGUUGGCUAGAAGUGCACACGCAUCUAAUUCUAUCUUACCAAAAUCAGCACACGCCUUAAACACGUGGGAUUACGAGUCAAUCAGUCGGCCAGUUGUGUGGUUAACUUACUGCCAGUGAUUUCACCAAUAUGAAAAGGGAUUACUCUCAAUACUCAACACACACACAUUCUCAAGAGUCUGUGCCGAGAAUGUAGCAGCGGCUCGUCUAUAGAGACAGGUACAGGUAUAUAUAUAUAUAUAUUUUAUUACCUUUACACUUGAUUUGAAAAAGAAAUGUUGCACUGAUUUACUUCUUCCUAGAUGUUCCUUUAACGACAUACAGUUAUUAUUGCCCCUAGUGGUGAAGAAUGGAACUGCAUAAAUCGCUAAAAGGACAGGAACGAUGCUGCCCCAUGUUCAAUAUAGUAAUAUCUUUACUAAAAAAGGAGCAUUGGACAGAAUGCCGAGGUUGCCUGGGGCAUAUUUCUUUUUUUAACACCAGAAGGAGGUUAAAUAUAUUGCGGCCACCAUAAUCCCAUUUCCUAGCAAAUCAUUAAAAAUAAAUGUAUAGAGAAAAAGGAAACGUGUAAAUGCAGACGUACGUUGUCUACGACGUAGAGAAGAUUUGCAGAGAAAAAGGGAUGUGCAUAAGAAAUGCGUGCGCACCACAGUUUACCAAAAAACAAUGUGAAAAAACCUUUGCACUCGCGCCUGGAAAUUGUACCAAAUCGCCAGUUAAUGAAACACUACGAUUAGAAACGCACCUUAAUCAAACACGGUUAUGUCUGGAGCGACUGAAUGCAAUCUGCCAGACUGUACGCUGUUGAAAUUCACUUGCCUAAUAACGAGUUCCUCUAAAAAUGCACUAGAUUGUGAUUUAUGUAAUGAUUCGAGUAUAAUUGAGGCCACUAUGUCAUUCCCCCGUUACCAAAAUCGAUAGUCACGAGCCGCUGCUGCAACAAAUAUCAAAAACAAACAAACCAACCAACCACCAUAUAAUCUACAGACAGCACAAUUACUGGACAACAAAACAUUCCAGAUUCCUGAUUCUUCCCCUCUUUGCUCCCUCUGCUCUCUGACUGUUUACAGCUUUUGUUACUCUUUUUUAUAACGGCAUAAACAAACUGUGUGAAAUUUGUAAAAAAAAAAAAAAAAAACUAACAAAAAUCCCCCUCACAAAAAACAAUUUUACGUUGCUUUUGACUUCACCAAGUGCUCUACUGUAGUAUUUUGUACAACGCUGCUCGUCUUCAUGUCGUCUCAUUCCUCACCAAACUAUUCUCGAGUCUUAACGAGUUUUAUCUGCCCUACUGAAACGCUACAUUUCGUUUUUCAGCUCAGGUUUAAGCCAAACAACUGCCACCUUUGCAGGAAAUAUGGGAAAGUAUUGGGACACCCGACUUUAUUCAGCUAUACAGGACGUCUUCGGAUGCUGUAGGAGGAAACGUUCCCAUCAUUUGUACUGGGAGACCCGAAAUUGUUCCGCUACGACACUGUCCCUGUGCAGAAAGCCAACUCCAUGAAGAUCUGCUUUCCAUGGGUUGGAGUGGAAGAUCUCCUGCUAUAGAGCUCCAACCCUAUUCAACACCUUUGGGAUGAAUUGGAAAUGCUGGAACGCUUAAUGCACUGCAGGCCUCCUCACCUCACCUCACCUCACAUCACCAUCUGACUUAACCAACACUCUUGUGGCUGAAUGAGCACAUUGCAAAAAAGAAAACAAAAAGCACAGAACAUUCCUAUGGUUUGGUGUCCACAAACUGUUGUCCAUACAUACAUAAAAUACUUUUUUCACUGCCAGUACCAAACAGUCCCAAGUUUUGCAACUCUAAUAUUAGAUAUCGCAGCAUCUAAUGUUGAUCACUGUUUGUUCAGCUGGAAAGCUUGAUGCUGAGCUGUCGUUCAAGUGCGUUAGCAGGACUUUCAAUCCAAAGAGUUUUGGUGUUACCUCUCUACGGGCUUUUGGCUGAUGCGUUUAUCCAAAGCAAUUCUUUCUGGAGUGUAGAAUUGAGGUCAGUGUAUGAUGUGUUUCUUUCCCAUAUUUCAUUUUAUUUAUUUAUUUUUAUUUAGGUUUUUUUUGCAAGGCACUGAAUUAAAAAUUAAUUCACCUUUUUCAGCAUUUUUUUCCCUCCCUAACCGGAUUAUAUGUUAAUUCCUGUCCACCAAGCAGUUAAUUUUCCAUCAUACCAUACAGCUACCGAAGGAGGAGGGUGAGCACUAACACAUAGAGUCUAGACUAACACUUCCUCAGAAAGAGUCACAUUUUACUUAAAUGCUGCUCGUGCUCCUUCAUAGAGGAGUAACACACUGUGAGGAAAGUGCUAUCUGCCCUCUUCUACAUACAUUAGCUCAUAGACGGCUGACCGGAGAGAGAGAAAGCGAGGGUGAACCUGUGUUUUUAACGGAUAAAAUAUCAAUUCAAAUAUUUGGUUACGACGUGUACCAUGUGUCCUUUUUCUGGCCAUGUCUACACUAAUAAGUUUUUUGUUUGAAAACGCAUAUUUUACUCUCUACGUUUUGGCCUCCUGUCCACACCGAGACGGCGUUGCCAUUCAACUAAAACCCUGCUUUUUGAGAGCACUCUCUUAAGUGGAUACAUUUGAAAAUCAUUCAUUGUCGCGACGUUUCGAAGAAGCUGGAAAGUAAAUAAACGGCAGGUGGAAAUGAGCAUUUUCAGACGUUUCAUUGCGAACGAGCAACGUUUGGGAAACGAUUGAAAACGGAAAGUGUGGAUGCGGAGCGUUUGUAGAAGAAAGUGGCGUUUUCCGAUUUUUUCCGGAUUUACGCAGCCUCCGUUUACGCCUUUACGUUUUCUAUCGCCGCGUUGACCUCCUUCUCUCUCACCUUGUCGCUUUACUCGGAAAUGUUCGGUACGAGCGACCCAGUGAUUGCUGCUACACCUUCUGAGGAUUGUUCAUUGUUUAAAUUUCGAUAGUCCAAAAACCUCAAUUUGAACAAUUCUGCUAAAGAAGAACGCAGCAUACACUAUCAUUUGAGUAUCCUGGAAUUUAAACCUGUCAGCAAAUCUAGUCCAAUAAAUCCAGAACACAAAGGCACAAGACUUAUACUGUCAGGAAAUAUAGAACUCAGUCUGUGAAGAUCGGGGUGGAAUGUAGAUGACCAUGCCAGGAGCACAGCAAAGGUGGUGACCAGCUUUAGAAAAAUUUUUCUGAAUGUGUUUAAGCUGCCAGUCAUGUGACAUGAGCUUUUCUGACUGAAUGAGAUUUGACAUCAAACCCUAGUGACUGUAUUUAGUAUAGUGAUGGAUGAGAUACCUGAUCUGAGCUUCUAACCUGUGUAUACGUAGACAGUUUAUGAAGAACAUGAAGGUUAAAGUGUUUGGUGAUGAUGAUGAGGUGUGUAUGUGUGUGUCUUUAUUCCCACUUACCGACCUACAACGUGCCACCGGAGCCACGUGUUUUCACGUGGCAUGUCGUGUGUGUGUGUGUGUGAAUGUACGUGCACCUUUGAACUUCUGCUCAGCGUUACUGCAUGAUGCUUCUUUUUUUAUUCCAUUCACGCCUAAUGUCUUAUUUUUAAGAACUUCAAAUCAUGUCCAAGGCUCUGAUGAGAUAUUGUAUGUUUCUGUUGAACUAUGUAUUUUUUUAUCACUAUAAACAGAAAUUAUAACACCUGCUUAUGUUCAAACGGUACAUCUGUGUAUGUGUAUAAAACGUUUGAAACUUA